CAUAGCGCGGCAAAACAAAAAUGGCUACCGACAGAUAAAAAUUGAGAAAUAAUCAUUUGAAUCAAUUUACUUGUUCAGAAAAUGAGUUCCAGAAGAGGAAAUGAUCCUGAAACAAUAACAUUAUUAUUGCAGAAGCUUUGUUUGAAGAUAACGGGACUAUCAGAUGAUGCAGUGCGACCUCUGCUUCAACAUUCAUUAAGAAUAUUAACAAGUAAUUAUGAAUCAACUGUGGAUCAUGAUGAGUUUCAAGUUGCUGAGAAGAUAAAACGAAGGUUGGUGAGGAAAGGCAAGGAGAAAGAUGCUGUUAUUUUUCUCGAACUUCAUCGCAAGCUUCAAGCACAGGGUGUGAUAAAGAACAGAUGGUCCAUCCUGUAUCUUUUGAUGUCUUUGAGUGACAGCUCGGUGAAGACCAGUAGAGCCAGGCAAGUUGGGUUAAGCAGUACCUUGUUUGCUGGGAAUCUCACAGGACAUGCCACAUCUACACCGUUCCACCCGGCAGCCAGAGGACACGUGGGUAAUGGUGACACGACAACCCUCCAUAGCAACAGUACACUCCACUCUGUACACACUUCAGGAAGUAGUGGAAUCAGCAGUAUCCAUGGUGAAAUCCAUAGCAACGACCCCACUCCAGUGCCACAAUCUUAUAUGCCUUUACCUUCUUAUCCAGGCUUAGAUUCUUACAGAGACAACACCAGUGUUGGUUUGCGAUUAGCUUCAACACUGUCCAGUGAUAGAGGUUCUUCAACAGCAGUUGUACCUCAUCGAGGCAGAACAUCAAAGAAGACUAAUAUUAUAGUCCGCAAAAAUGAUCAGUCAUCAGAGGAGCUACCAGAAGCUGUGAUUAUUAGGGACCUUGUCUAUGCAUUUCAAGGAAUAGAGGGAAGAUGGAUCAGUUUUGACCCAACAAAGGAAGGCUACCGAAUUAAUCCCCAAGCAGGGAUACCUAAAGCUAUACGACAACUGGUGAGCAAGCUAGCAGAGUGUGGAUGGCUUUUUAACAAAGUCAAGUCUUACGUAGAAAACAAAAGUGCUGACAAAACCUUUGGUUUAGUUGGAAAGAGCUUUUGUGCUGCCUUACAUGAAGAAUUGACGGAAUAUUACAGACUUAUUGCAGUGUUAGAAGGACAGAUAUUGAGUGAGGGCGAUAGAACAGAUGGACAAGGACUGACCCUGAGACAGCUUGUCUUGUGGACAUUUGACCCCUUACAGAGACUUAAGUGCCUUGCCACCAUUGUUGAUGUUUGUAGGGGGAAGAAGGGAGGGGCUUUGGCUUCUGCCCUGUACUCAUACAUGCAGCAUGGAGAUCCAUUUGUACAAUCUCUCAUACAACACAUACUGAAUAUGGUAGCCCAACCUAUCUACAUUGGACUGGUCAGCUGGAUGUAUGAUGGGGAGUUGGAGGAUAUGCAUGAUGAAUUUUUUGUGGCUUCUGACCCCACAGUGAAGAAUGACAGACUUUGGCACGAUAAAUACAGUCUCCGUAAAUCUAUGAUUCCCAACUUCAUCACCCGGGAUCAAGCCAAUAGGAUACUGUUGACAGGUAAAUCCAUUAAUUACCUAAGGCAGGUCUGUCAAGAUCGAACUCCAACAAAGGGGAGACAAGUCAUUACACACAUGGACUCUAGUCAAGCUGAAGUGAUGUUUCGUCAGGACACUACAAGUGAGUUUCAGCACAUGGUGGACCAUGUAUAUAAAGAGACCAGUCGACAUCUACUGGAUGUCCUGAACACAGAGUACAAGUUCCUAGAACACCUAAAGGCUAUGAGGAGAUACCUGCUACUUGGACAAGGAGACUUCAUACGUCAUCUUAUGGAUUUACUGCUAGAUGAUCUUGCUAAGCCAGCCAGUAAUUUAUAUCUUCACAAUCUGUCAGGGAUACUAGAGACAGCCAUCAGAGCCACUAAUGCCCAGUUUGAUGAUUCCGACAUAUUGAAGAGACUGGAUGUUAGGCUACUGGAGGUUUCACCAGGAGACAAGGGCUGGGAUGUGUUUAGUUUGGAGUACCAUGUUGAUGGACCAAUAAGAACAGUUUUUACUCCACAAUGCAUGAUGUCGCUACUGAGAAUUUUCAACUUUUUAUGGCGGGCCAAGAGAAUGGAAUAUAUCUUGGCCAUUGUGUGGAAAAAUCAAACGUCUAAUUCUAGAUCACUUCGUUGUAUUCCAGAAUUAUCAGGCAUUCUUCAUCAGUGUUAUGUUUUGGCCAGUGAAAUGGUUCAUUUCAUCCAACAAGUGCAAUAUUAUAUCAAUUUUGAGGUGUUGGAGUGUUCUUGGGACGAGCUGUUGACCAAAGUAAAGGAAGCAGAGGACUUUGAUAACAUCAUAGCGGCCCAUCAAAUCUUCCUGAACACCGUCAUCAGCAGGUGUCUUUUAGACGAGCAGUCCAGGGACAUACUAACCCAGCUGAGGACAAUCUUUGACCUGAUUAUUGACUUCCAGACAGCUCAGAGUGAGUUUUAUGAGGAAGCUAAUGAUGAAUUACAAGCUCGACAACACUAUGAAAAACUACAGCAAAUAAGAAGUCAGAAGGGAGACUGGGCUUUAACAGAGGAGUAUGAGGAAGAAGAACAUGUAAGAAGAGUGGAAUUCCUGAAGAACAUAAUACCAUCUAAAAGAGCUCGAUUUAAGGUCCUCUCACAGUCUUAUCAAGAUAUGGUAAAACAGUUUCUGGUCAUGCUGACCUAUCACAAGGAUGUUAGUCUACGAUUCCUCAGUUUCCGACUGGACUUCAACGAACACUACAAGGCAAAAGAGCCAAAAUUACGGAGUCCUUCUGUACAUAGACUGUCUCGAUCUACAGUUUCAUAAAAAUGACCUUCCAAUUUUUUAAAUCAGGACGCUAUGACUUUAUUUUUAUGGAGAUUUUUUUUUAAACAAUUCUUGCCAUCACUAAAAUAAAUAUACCUGUAUAUAUGUGUCAUGUAAAAUAAUGAAAAAAAAAAUAUUUCUAGGUUUGUGUUUUUCAUCUAUAUUAUGUAACAAAAGAGUCUGUUAAAUUGAUUUAAAUGCAGAUACUUUCUUCUUUUUUUUUCACCAACAUGAUUUAUCAGUCAAAAUGAUUUGUUACGCAAUUCAUAUUAACAAAAAUAUGACUUUAUUGCUCAUGCCUCAUCAUCUCAACCAUAAACAUCUGUUUUAGGUUCACAAAUUUUGUAAACAAUAUUUCCUGAAUAAUUCCUAAAAUUCUGCAGUUUUAUGUAGUGAUGGCAGAGGUCUAUAUUUAUGAUCUGAUAUCGUUAAUUAACUUUGUACAUGUAGAAUCUCCUUGGUUGUAUACAUUCUGUACAGAUUAUUUUUACAGAGUCACUGAAAAGAAUGAUAUACUGCUAAGAUGUUAAAUAAAUUGUUAAUGUUU